AUGUCUACACCCAGCUACAUCGACCCAACAACCCUCACAAACUGCACCGUACACACCUGUCCCGUCGACUCGUCCUUCUACAACUACCGCAUCUCUCUACCACCCAACGCCAUCUUCCUAACUUUCUUCUCCCUCUCCUUAUUCCUCUACCUCUCAAUAUGGCUCACCAAACGCCGCGGCACAUUCUUCUCAUCCGCCAUGCUCCUCGGCAUCACAGCCGAAAUCAUCGGCUACAUCGGUCGCAUCCUCUCCUACACCAACCAAUGGAACGAAAACGGCUUCCUGAUCCAAACCAUCUGUCUCACCAUCGCGCCCGCGUUCUUCUCCGCCGGCAUCUACGUCUGUCUUGCUCAGAUCGUAGCCGUGUAUGGAGCCGAGAACUCGUUGAUUCCUCCAAGGUACUUUGCUAGGAUCUUCAUACCCUGCGACAUCGCAGCCAUAAUCCUGCAAGCCGCAGGCGGAGCAACGUCCGCCAUCGCGCUCCAAUCCAACUCUAGCCUCGCGGUCGGCGACGAUGUUAUUAUAGCCGGUCUUGCGCUUCAGGUUUACACGCUGUUCCAUUUCAUUCUCCUAUCGAUGUACUUCGCAUUCCGUGUUCGUUGUCGAAAGGUGAGGAUUAAAACAUCGAGGAGGUUCAGAGGGUUUAUCUGGGCGUUGGGUAUUGCUACUAUUGCGGUGUUCUGGCGGAGCGUGUAUAGGGUUGCGGAGCUGAAUCAGGGGUGGAAUGGACCGUUGACGCAUAAUCAGUGGUUGUUCGUUGGGUUUGAGGGGGUAUUGAUGGUUAUUGCUGUUGCGGCGUUGGGGGUGUUUCAUCCGGUGUCGUGUUUGGAUGGUGCUUGGGGUGGGGUGAAGGGGGCGCAAGGUGAUGAACGGAGCAAUGGGGGCAUUGAGGAGGUGAGGAAAGAAGGUUCAGAAAUGAAGGCGGAAGGCGAAAGAAGGAGUGAACCUCAGAUACCGGAGCUUGGUAUGCGAGCAGAGGAAAUUACCCCAGCAGGAGAUUGA